AUGUCUAUUACAGCAUCUCCUCAUGACGGCACAAGAAGAUGUGCCAAUUUUACUCCUAACAUUUGGGGUGAUAAGUUUCUUCAGUAUGCUUCAGAAUCUAAGGAAGUUGAUGACAAUGUGGAACAUAAUGUACAAAAGGAGAAACUAAAGAUGUUUAUAUCCUCCAAUGAUCAGAGUUGCUCACAGAAGCUAAAAUUCAUUGAUUGGGUGCAGCGUUUGGGAGUUUCCUACCAUUUCGAACACGAAAUUGAUGGAGCACUGGCAAAGAUUCAUACCAUGUAUACCAAGAAUAACAACGUUAUUAUGCAGGAUGGAGAUAAUAAUCUUCACUCUCUUGCUUUGCUCUUUUGGUUGUUGAGGCAACAUGGAUAUCCUAUUUCAUCUGAAGACGUUGAGGGAAUGUUAGCCCUGUAUGAAGCUGCACAACUUGGGGUUCAUGGUGAGAAAAUAUUGGAUGAAGCUCUUCAUUUCACUUACACUCACCUUAAAUCCUUGAUCGACAGCCAAUUGAGCCCAUGUCUCAAGGCACAUGUCAGCCACUGCUUAAGUCAGCCUCUGCAAAAGAGAUCACGUAGGCUAGAGGCAAGGCACUCCAUGUCUUUCUACCAGCACCAAGAUCCAUCCCAAAAUCAUAUAAUGUUGCUUAACUUUGCAAAAAUUGAUUUCAAUAUGCUGCAGCAUCUGCAUCAAAUAGAACUUGGCACUAUCACCAAGUGGUGGAAAGAAUCAGGGUUGAGGAGAAAGGUCCCUUAUGCUAGAGAUAGGUUGGUAGAGGCCUACUUUUGGCCUUUAGCAUUGUCUUAUGAGCCUCAAUUCAGCACUGCAAGAAUGAUAGCUACCAAACUGGUUGUUACUAAUUGUCUUCUUGACGACACCUACGAUGUCUUUGGCACACUUGAAGAACUCGAACUAUUCACAGAGGCCAUCCACAGAUGGGAUAUAAGUCUCACUGAAUCACUUCCAGAGUGCAUGAAAGUGGUGUUUGAAGUAGUUUUACAAGUGUGCAGCGAAGUAGAGAUGGUGACUACAAAAGAAGGGACAUCAAUUUUUGUGAUGCCCCAUGUUAAGCAAGCUGUUAUUAACUUGGUUAGGGCCUACUUGGUUGAAGCAAAAUGGUGCAAUGAAGAUUAUGUUCCAAGCUAUGAGGAGUACAAGGAUAAUGGAGUUGCAUCUUCUACUAUCCCUUUGCACAUAACCUCAUUUCUAGGCCUUGGAAACCUUGCAACCAAAGAUGUGCUGGAUUGGAUUGCCACAAAUCCGAGAAUAGUUAGAGCUUGCUCACUUAUUGGUAGACUUAUGGAUGACAUGGCCACUCAUAAGUUUGAGCAAGAGAGAGAGCAUGUUGCUUCAGGAGUAGAAUGUUGCAUGAGGCAGUAUGGAGUUUCAGAGAAAGAAGCCUAUAAAAUAAUCAACGACGAUAUCAAAAGCUGCUGGAAAGAUAUUAAUGAAGAGUGUCUGAAUAAUCCACAUGACGUUUCAAAGUCUGUGCUUGAUUGCAUCGUCAACAUGGCUCGAGUAUGUGAGGUUGUCUAUGAAAACCUACAAGAUAGAUUCACUAAUGGCCAGUCCCUCAAGCAUUACAUUGUCCAACUCCUUCUGGAUCCCAUACAGAUUCAGCCAUGACAUGCUUUAUAUAUUUAUACUAUAAUACUUGUUAUUUGAACUUGUUGUGUCGUCCAAGUCUAAUGGGUGAUAUAGAUAUAUAUUCCUAGCUACUUCUAGGUUGUCAGAUCAUCUUAUUUGUUGCUAUGUUUAUAAAUUUAAAGUUUGUGUGUGGUUUUCUUUUGUUUGCAGCAUGAAUAUAAAAGUAUUACAUUAGAAAAUCUUAUGCAAUAUUAAUAAAUAUCUUUGCGGUUGUUGAUCAGUCACAUGGCUUUUGGCUUUGUAACAAGUCUAAAAGUCUUGCGAUAAUACAACACAUUAUAUUUGAACAA